UCUGGACGUGCUGAGCCUGGGGGUGCUGAGCCUGCGCGUGCUGCGUCUGGAGGUGCUCUCGGUGUCCCGCCGCGGCGGGAGCCUCUCUCUCCACAGCGGCUUCGUGAGUGGUACUCUCGGCUCUGUCGGGGUACUGCUGGGGCUUCUGGAGGUGCUGCUGGAGGUGCUGCUGGUGCUGGAGGUGCUGCUGGGGCUUCUGGAGGUGCUACUGGUGCUGGUGCUACUGGAGAUGCUGCUGGUGCUGGAGGUGCUGCUGGAGCUUCUGGAGGUGCUGCUGGUGCUGGUGGUGCUAGAGGUGCUACUGGAGGUGCUGCUGGUGCUGGAGGUGCUGCUGGAGCUUCUGGAGGUGCUGCUGGUGCUGGUGGUGCUGGAGGUGCUGCUGGAGGUGCUGCUGCUGCUGGAGGUGCUGCUGGUGCUGGAGGUGCUGCUGGAGCUUCUGGAGGUGCUGCUGGUGCUGGUGCUGCUGGAGGUGCUUCUGGUGCUGGAGGUGCUGCUGGAGCUGCUGCUACUGGAGCUGGUGUUGGUGGUGCUGCUGGGACUGGAGACCCUAGGGCUGAGGGUACCGGUUCUGUCUCUGCUGUUUCUGGAGGCGCUGUGCGGCCGCGACCGUACUACGUUCCGCUUCUUCAGCAGGUUCUUGGCUCCCAGCCUUCUCCUGGUCCUCCACCUCCUUCCCUGAGUCCACUGCCUGUCCUUUCGCUGUCGCAGUUACAGCCGGCCUCUCCGCUGCCUGGUCCUUCUCCUUACUCUGGCCCGAUUGGAGGUCUUACAGAGCGUCGUGAGCCUGAGUCGCGUCCUGUGUCGCCUGUGUCUCGUUCUACGUCUCCUGUCCGUUCUGUUCGCGCUGUUCGUGUCUCGCGUCCGCGUCCUCCUCCUGUCCCUGGCACCCACUCUAUGACUAUGCGUCCUUCUACUGCUCCACAGCGUGUCCCUCUGCCGUCUCCUCCUGCGUCCUCUCUUCCUGACGGUCCUGACCCUCCGUCUGACUCCCUUCGUGCUGCUAGACCUACUGUCACGCGCUUUCUGGCCACUGCUGUCACUGACCCUCUGUUUGAGUCCUCAGCUGCAUCUGCUCUUGUUGCCGAGCUUGUUGACUUUGCUGCCGCCUAUCGCCUAGAUUACGCUGCUAGUCUUGUUGCUGAGUCUGCGUCUGUGCCUGUCUGUCCUCCGUCCGUCGGGGGUGAGUGUGCUCUUGGCACGGACGUUCUUGAGGACAGACAGGAGGAGUUUGAGUGCUUUGCUGCUUCUGUACCUCAUCUUGUGUCCAUGCUGCUGACCCCUGAGGGAGACCCGGAUGCACUAGACAUCCCGACCCCGCGCUCUUACGCAGAGGCGAUAGAGGGUCCCUACUCCUCUCAGUUGCAGGCAGCCAUGGAUGCAGAGAUGGUUUCCUGGAAGUCCACAGGCACCUACGUAGACGAGGUUCCCCCACCUGGGGCGAACAUCGUCAGUGGCAUGUGGAUCUUCAGGGUGAAGCGGCCGCCGGGUUCUCCGCCUGUCUUCAAGGCGCGUUACGUUGCACUUGGCUUCAGUCAACGACAGGGAGUUGACUUCUUUCAGACCUUCUCCCCUACCCCGAAGAUGACCACUCUUCGGGUACUGCUGCACGUUGCUGCUCAGCGUGACUACGAGCUCCACUCACUUGACUUCAGCACAGCCUUCCUGCAGGGCAGCCUGCACGAGGAGAUCUGGCUGCGCCGCCCACCUGGCUUCACUGGGUCGUUUCCUUCUGGUACCCAAUGGAGCCUCCGGCGGCCAGUCUACGGUCUCCGCCAGGCACCCCGUGAGUGGCACGACACACUCAGGACGACUCUUGCUUCUCUUGGUUUUGCUCCUUCCACUGCUGACCCUUCUCUGUUUCUACGUACUGACACUACUCUGCCGCCGUUCUACGUUCUCGUGUACGUAGACGACCUCGUCUUUGCUACUGCUGACACUGAGGCACUUGCCCACGUGAAGUCCGAGCUACAGAAGAGACACACGUGCACAGACCUGGGUGAACUGACAAGCUAUCUUGGCUUGCGGAUCACCCGGGACAGAGCACAGCGCACCAUUACCUUGACUCAGUCACACAUGGUGCAGCAGGUCCUUCAGCGCUUCGGCUUCACGUACUCCUCGCCACAGUCCACUCCUCUGCCUACCGGUCACUCGCUCUCAGCUCCACCUUCGGACGAGUCCGUAGAGCCGAGUGGCCCGUAUCCAGAGCUUGUGGGCUGCCUCAUGUACCUGAUGACCUGCACACGACCUGACCUCGCAUACCCUCUCAGCCUUCUGGCUCGCUACGUGGCUCCCGGCAGGCACCGAAAGGUGCACUGGGAUGCUGCGAAGAGGGUGUUGCGAUACUUGUGCAGUACAUCGGGCAUGGGGCUAGUGCUUGGAGGACGGGCUCGAGUUGUCCUCACUGGUCACGCUGACGCCUCCUGGGUUGACGACUUGGCUACGCAGCGGUCGUCACAGGGUUACACCUUCAGUCUUGGCUCCGAUUCUGUCUCUUGGCGGUCUACCCGCUCUUCUUCCGUUCUCAGCUCCAGUUGCGAGGCUGAGAUCUACGCUGGGGCCAUGGCUGCACAGGAGCUACACUGGCUCACCUACCUGCUGACCGACUUGGGAGAGGCGCCUCGUUCUCCUCCAGUUCUGUACGUCGACAACAAGGCCAUGCUGGCCUUGUGUCAGGAGCACUGA